AUGUCGUAUGGCAACGAUAAGCCUCCAUCGUCUACCGGCAGCGGUGAAGUUGAUAUUGCUAAUGACCCGGCCAGUAGCGGAUUUUUCACCAAUGACUUCAAGAAACAUGAAGAUCUCAAAACUAUGUUGGAUGGGAACAAAGAUAACUUGAAGUUGGAGGCUAUGAAAAGAAUUAUUGGUAUGGUUGCCAAAGGAAAAGAUGCAUCUGACCUGUUUCCAGCAGUUGUGAAAAAUGUUGUGUCUAAAAACCUUGAGGUAAAAAAGCUUGUGUAUGUCUAUUUAACACGAUAUGCAGAAGAGCAGCAGGACCUUGCUCUGCUUUCAAUAAGUACGUUCCAAAGGGCCCUUAAGGACCCUAACCAACUAAUUCGAGCCAGUGCCCUACGUGUGUUGUCCAGUAUCCGUGUCCCUGUCAUUGUUCCCAUCAUGAUGUUGGCCAUCAAAGAGGCAGUCAUGGACAUGUCCCCCUACGUGCGCAAGACUGCAGCCCAUGCCAUUCCCAAACUCUACAGCUUGGAUCCUGAACAAAAAGAUCAACUUAUUGAAGUCAUAGAGAAACUCUUAGCAGAUAAAACUACUCUUGUGGCAGGCAGUGCUAUUCAAGCUUUUGAAGAGGUCUGCCCAGAACGUAUUGAUCUAAUUCAUAAGAAUUACCGCAAGCUGUGUAACCUGUUAGUUGAUGUUGAGGAAUGGGGGCAGGUUGUCAUCAUCAACAUGCUUACACGAUAUUGUCGGACACAGUUUGUCAAUCCUAAUCAAGCAGAGGCAUGUGAAGAAUCUGACCAACAUUUUUAUGAUGAGUCUGACAAAGAAGAGGAAGAGGAGGAGGAGAAGGACGACACCCCAGUGAAAAAAGUUUAUGUGAUGGAUUCAGACCACAGGCUUUUACUGAGACAAACCAAACCUUUAUUAAACAGUCGCAAUGCAGCUGUUGUGAUGUCAGUUGCCCAGCUGUAUUUUCACUGUGCCCCAAAGGCAGAAGUAGGAACUGUCGGCAAGGCGUUGAUUAGGCUCCUGCGUAGUCAUAAGGAAGUGCAAUAUGUAGUUCUGAGCAAUAUUGCCACCAUGACCAUCCAUAGAAAGGGUAUGUUUGAACCAUAUUUGAAAAGUUUCUAUGUGCGAUCGAAUGAUCCCACUCAUGUCAAGUUGUUGAAGCUGGAAAUUCUUACAAGUCUUGCCACAGAAACAAAUAUAUCCACCAUUCUUCGGGAAUUCCAGACCUAUGUGACCAGCUCAGAUAAAGCAUUUGCUGCAGCUACCAUUCAAGCAAUUGGCAGGUGUGCAAGCAACAUUGCAGAAAUUACAGAUGCUUGUCUCAAUGGAUUGGUUCACCUCAUGUCAAACAGAGAUGAAGCUGUUGUUGCUGAGAGUGUAGUGGUUAUUAAAAAGUUAUUACAGAUGCAGCCUUCUGAACACAAAGACAUUAUCAUUCAUAUGGCCAAAAUGGUGGACAAUAUCACAGUACCCAUGGCACGAGCAAGUAUUUUGUGGCUGAUUGGUGAAUACAGUGAACGAGUGCCUAAAAUUGCCCCAGACGUGCUUCGAAAAAUGGCUAAAGGAUUCGUCAGUGAGGAAGACAUUGUGAAGCUACAGAUUUUGAACCUUGCUGCUAAAAUGUGCAUCACCAACCCCAAACAGACUAAGUUGCUCUGCCAAUAUGUCCUCAAUUUGGCCAAGUAUGACCAAAAUUAUGAUAUCCGUGAUCGUUCACGAUUCCUUCGACAACUUGUGCUACCUUCAGGAGAGAAGGCUGGAAUACUUUCUAAAUAUAUCAAAAAAAUAUUUCUUGCAACAAAACCUGCUCCAGUUUUAGAAUCCAAAUUCAAAGAUCGAGAUCAAUACCAGUUGGGUACAUUGUCUCAUUUAUUGAAUACUAAAGCUCAUGGCUAUCAGGAACUGCCAGAGUUUCCAGAAACGGCACCUGAUUCUUCUGUCAGGAAUGUGGAAGUUCCCUUGCCAUGGUCAGAUUUGACACGAAAUAACAAAAAAUCUAAGAAGAAAAGUACAAGCUCUGAACAUUUCUAUUCAGAUGAUGAAUCCAGUCCAGAUGAUGAAUUGAGUAAAAGCAGUGAUGAAAGCAGUGAGGAGGAAGAUAGCAAUGAGGAGAAUUCAAGUGGAGAAUAUUCUGAAGUAUCUGGAGACAGCCAUGCUGUAAAUAAUGCUGCUGAAAGCAGUGAAGAUGAGGAUGAUGAUGAUGAAGAAGAUGAGGAAGAUGAUGAUGAAGAUGAGGAUGAAGAGGAUGAUGAGGAUGAAGAUGAUUCAUCUUCAAGUGAAGAAGAGAGUUCUUCUGAAGAAGAUUCUGAUGAGAGUGUCAAAGAAAGUAGAAAAUCCAAAAAGUUGAAACCAAAUAUAAAAAAUAAACCAGAUCCACCCAAGAAGAAUUCUGAUCUACUUCUUGACAUUGAUGAUUUGUGUUCUGUGGAUAAUAAUUCUGUGAUUGCAGCAACCCCAAGUGCUGGACAAGACAUCCUCACACCAAUGUUAGCAUCUCUUGACCUGUCCACUCCUGCACCAUCUGUAAAGCCCACAGUAAAUUAUACACUUGGACCUCCAAUUGUGCCCAGCAAAUCUUAUGACCUAUUGAAUCGCAUGACAGCCAAUGGUUUAACAGUGAAAUACUGUUUCACUCGAACCAUCUCCAUCUUCAAUCCAAAAAUGACCUCUAUUGAGUUGACCAUAACUAAUGACAGUGAGAAACCAAUGACCAAUAUAAAAAUUGGAACAAAGAAAGCUCAGCCAGGAAUGGAAAUUCAUAAUUUUCCUGAUAUUAAUGUCCUGGCUGUAGGUGCUACAACUUCAGUUUUGAUGGCCAUCAACUUUAAUGACACAACCCAACCUGCCCAGUUCGAACUUUGUGCUGGAGACUUAAAGUACAAUGUGAAAAUAUCUGCACCUGUUGGUGAACUGCUGCAGCCUUACACAAUCAAUGAAAGUGAAUUUAAGUUACAAAAAAGUAAACUGACUGGUAUGACUGAGAACAGUGUCAAUGUGGAGCUGGCCCCAAACCAUCGUACUGCUGAGUCCCUGCGUAUGUGUAUCCACCAAGUGACCAAUGUCCUGCAAGUACCUUCAGCGGAUGAAAAUGUCUAUUAUUUUGCAGGCAAAACUCUGGCUACCCAAGUGCUACUUUUAAUUACAGUUCAAGCCAAUAGUGAGGAAGGCACAGCUAAAGUAACAGUGAAUUGUGAAAAGUUGGUGAUUGGGUCAAUGAUGACAAAAGACAUUCAACAUAUACUCAGCAAAACUGCAUAA